AUGUCUAAUGGAAAAGAUGGGUUGUUCUUGCUUUUUUCACCGACGAAUGGCAAAAAUACGCGUCAGAGUGCGGAAGCCGGACCAGGUCGGGUGAAUGAGUCGGCAUCAUGCGGCUCCGAUGAGUUAUCCGUACGUGUGCGGUACCGUCGAAAAGAGGCUAUACUGACAUACGACAGAACGAGGGAACAUGUUUCCCUGCAGCGAUUGGACGGUAUGGGACGGGUGGCCAACGUCGUUAACAUUCCAACAUGGAAUAUUGUGAACAUUGAAACAUUAGAAGAACGGGGCUUGCGUCAGUCACGGCACAGCACAAUGGGUACGGCAGGUGGGACUUUGACGAAGACAAAAAGAAGCCGCCUGUUUUUGAGCCUUUUCAAGGAUGUACCCCGGCGUCCGGAGAAAGGUUCUCAGAAGCCUGGAAUCAUGUCAAUGUCAUCACCCACGCAGAUGAGCAGCCAUUAUUGCUGUGCCGGCGGAUUCACCCCAACAUUAUUGAGGCGUUCUUCGUUUGGCCACAUCCAUUCCUCGGAUUGUCCGGGAUGUUUAUAUUAUCUUCACUAUGUCAUGCAAUCGGGUUCGUCGCUGCAGGUCUCCACAUUGGAAUUCUCACCUCUACCGGAUUGUGAGAGCCAAGGAAAAAUGGGGUUCCUUGUGCAGAGUAUUUUACGAAGCGUGUACCCUAGUGGGACGAAGAAACUCAUCUUGUUUGUUAGUCCUAAGUCCGGUUCUGGUAAGGCUGUCAGCAUUACGGAGGAAAAAGUUUUUCCGGUCUUGUAUUUUACCCGUCAUGAGGUGAGUGUGAUCGUCACCACUCGCGUCUUUCAUUGUGAAGAUUACAUUGCGGACGUUGUGAACGAUAUCAAUAGUGAGCAUGUCAUUGUUUGUGUUGGGGGAGAUGGGAUGAUUCAUGAGGCUGUGAACGGCUUGUUCCGGCGGAAACAAGCCCUGUUAAUGAGGGAAUCUGCGGGCAUGAAACAAAAAAAAGGGACUUUACAUGGGGAGGAGGAGGAGGAGGUACACCAAAAGGAGGAAUGCUAUGAGAAGAAGGAGGUGGACAGAAAUGAGAAUAGCGGUUUUUUUGUAAGGGAUAAAUAUGGGAGUAUUGAAGGAAAAGAAAUGGCGGAAACGGCACAAAUUGCAGAUUUGGAAGGGGCUCAGCAUGUGGGGAGCAAUUCAUCAAAGCCAUUUGCACGUCAAUUUGGCGUAGAAAUUGUUUCGCAUUCUCACUCCCAUUCAGACAUUCAACCGUUUUCAAUGCCGUUGAUUGCCACGAUUCCCGCUGGCAGUGGGUGUGGGAUGGCAAAGACGCUUGAUAUUUCCUCCAUAAAGGAAAGUGUGCUUGCCCUUGUGCACCUCCGAACAUGUAUGAAGGACUUAAUGAGCAUGCAAUACAUACGGAACAGUGAAAAGGAAAAGGCUGUGGCAUCUUUUCCGCACUUAAUUGUUAAUUCCGCCGGUGAUAAGGGGAGAACAGAUGACUCAAGGGGGGGAAAGAAGGAAAGGGUUAUGGCAGAACGUAUUGCUUUUAUGACUGUGACAUUUGGUCUUCUAAAUACCAUUGAUCGUGGCUCGGAGAAGCUGCGAUGGAUGGGGAACGCUCGCUUCACUGCAUAUGGAGCAUAUUUAUUUCUGAGAGGGGUGCGCUCCUAUUCUGUACGUAUGCGGUAUUUGCCGUGGCGUGGACGGGAGGGACAACAAUUGGCGAAAUUUGAGAAGGAAAGUUUUAUUCCGGGCGAACCGGAACUUCCUCGUUGCACGUGGACAAACGCCUGCAGUCAUUGCCAGGCCAACAGGAGUUCCACCAGGAGUUUUACUGCUUCUUUAGGAGUGGAUGGAUGCGCUAUCGCUUCUCGAGGCACGGCGGGUACAGAACCCCUUUCCAUUUCAGAAUGCGGGUCUACGGAUUUUGAUGACGACAGCCUUCCGUGGGUUAAGCUUGAUGGAAACCACUACGCUAUAUUUUUAAGCAACAUACGCGAUGCCACGAAGGAUAUUAUGAUGGCGCCUCUGGCACACAUGAGUGACGGUGCCAUUGACAUUGUAUUUUCCAGGGAAAAGGGUGGUAAGAAGAGUCGAUCCGAUUUCUUAAAGUUUUUUACCACCAUGGAAACCGGAAACCACGUCAAACUGCCGUUUGUGAGUUAUAUAAAGGCGCGAGCGGUGGAAUUGGAGGCAGUUGAGGGGUUUAUUAUGUCUGAUGGGGAGAUGAUGCCCUUCACAAAGGUGCGUAUCACUCCACUACGCCGUGCUAUUGAGUUUGUGCGAGGUCGUUAG